GGGCAGACAGACAGGAAUGAAAGCGUUUUCCUCAGAGUUGAGGAGCAGGUUGGGCUUCGGUCACGAAUGAAUGUUACAGAUCGACCGGCGGCGAACAGCAGAAACUGCGCCGCUUUGAUACUUCACAAACAGCCGCGCGCAUGGAGACGCAGACAUGAAGCGCGACAUCUGGACACUUUACCGGGAUAUUUAGAAAGCGUCGCGGCAUGAAUUCAGGAUACUGAUUAGAGUUGACACCAGCCCUGCUCCAGUAGCAACUCUCUCCAUACUUCACCUCCAACCCCCUCCUUUACUCCGAAACCAGGAAAUCAUCGUGCAGUGCUGCUUAUCCUUCUUCCCACAGAUUAAAGAAAAACACCAGAGCCCUUCAGUGGCUUUAUCGAUGAGGAUCACGUCGAUCUCGUCGUUUUCUCUUUUGUUUUUGCCUUUGGAAGUUCAGCUUUACGUCUGAAGAGGAUCUGCACUGUCGUCGAACAAUGAGUGAGUCGAGUAUCUGUCAGGCGCGAGCCACUGUGAUGAUCUAUGAUGAUACCAAUAAGAAGUGGUUCCCUGCAGGCACGGGCCCCCAGGCUUUCAGCAGGGUCCAGAUCUACCACAACCCCAGCAAUAACGCCUUCAGAGUGGUGGGACGCAAGAUGCAGACUGACCAGCAGGUUGUGAUAAACUGUCCAAUUGUGAAGAGUUUAAAAUAUAAUCAGGCCACACCCAACUUCCAUCAGUGGCGGGAUGCGCGGCAGGUGUGGGGUCUGAAUUUUGGCAGUAAGGAGGACGCAGCGCUGUUUGCCAAUGGAAUGAUGCAUGCGCUCGAGGUUCUGAACUCCAUGCCUGAUGGAGGUUACCCUGCGCGGCCCAUGUCAAAUGGACCAUCUCCAGAAGAGCUUGAGCAACAGAGAAGAUUGGAACAACAGAGGCUGGAGCAGCAAGAGAGAGAACGACAAGAGAAAGAACAACAAGAGAGAGAGAGACAAGAAAGAGAACGACAAGCAGCUUCAGUCAUUCCUCCAGCGCCUCCAUUGGCCCCUGGUGGCCCUCCGGCUCCCCCUGGACCCCCACCUCCGCCGGGGCCCCCUCCCUCUGGACCGCCCCCUCCACCUGGGCCUCCCCCCUCUCUAGGAGGAGGAGCUCCACCACCACCUGGACCUCCCCCCUUAGGAGGAGGCGGAGCUCCACCACCACCACCUCUGCCCUCUUCUGGAGGAGGUGGAGAUGGAGGAGGACUGGGGGGCGGCGGUCUCGCUGCUGCCCUGGCAGGAGCCAAACUCCGCAAAGUGCCCAAGGAUGAUUCUGGUAGUGGAGCUGGUGGUGGCAGCAUUGUUGCAGCCAGUGUGCCAGCAGCUCCUAAAGCAGACAGCAGUCGUAGCAGUGUAACUAUGCCCAGUGGAGGAGGCGGCCUGAUGGGCGAGAUGAGUGCAAUACUAGCACGACGGAGAAAAGCUACAGAUAAAGGAGAGAAGCCACCCCCAAAAGUAGAAGAACCCAAUAAUGAUGAUUCUGAUACCCAAGGCCCCGGUGAAAUUAGGAGACCAUGGGAAAAAUCAGCUACCAUGCCCAGGACUAACUCAGCACCCCGAGGUCUGGACUCGCCCUCUUCCUCUGGCCCAUCUACCAGGAUGAAACCUGUGAACCAAUCAACAGAGGCCGAGAGUGAAGGAGAGUCAGAGAUGGAGCGAAUUAAACAGGAACUGCUAGAGGAGGUGAGAAAAGAGCUUCAGAAGGUUAAGAAUGAAAUCAUUGGAGCUUUCAUUCAGGAGUUACAGAAAAGAGGAUCUACAUAGUCCCUCAGAAAUCAAUGGGAUCACCUCCUGAGUAGCCCAGGGAUACACAUAAUACACCCAGGGACUUAACCCUUAAUCAUUACCAUUCAACCCAACAUGAGUUUUCUUUUACAUAGCUUUAUUUCUGCCAUUUUGUCUGUCACAUUCACCCCUUUUCUUCUUUCUCUUCUCAUUUAGUUCCACAUAAUGUUUUACGUACCAUACCACCACCUCUUUCACACACUUGAUUCCUGUAAUCCACGGAACAUAAAGCCAGACAUCCUCACCGUAAACUCAGUACUUGCCUAAAGUUAUUUGUAUUCAGGGACCUUAGCAUAUCAGUUAUCCCAGUGACUGUAAUGGCCAUAAACAGCCCUGUAUGAGUGACAGGGCCACAAGCUAUGAUGCAGCAUUAUGGAGGCAAAAACAAGACCUGCAGUACACGCAUCUUUAUUUGGAAAUAUUCACACCAGGCCUGAUUUAGCGACUCUUUUCUCAGUUCAGGGGAAAAAAAAAAAAUAUUCUUCAGGUUCAGUUGUGUGUGUGUGGUUUGCCUCUAUUUAUCUAUGCCAUCUUGUAUGCUGUCUUCUGCCCACCACUACCCGGUGGUUCAAACCAGCCAUUCUUAUAGCUUCAGCCAUCAUUUGAGAGAUGUUUGCAAACUUUGUGUUGAGAUAUAAAAUACUUCAAUGGUCAUGAUCAUUUUUGUCCUGUGGCCAUGCCAAACUGCCUUGGAAAAUACAUAUAAAUAUAAGUAUAUAUUAGGUAUAUUUGUUUGAGGGGGAAAUGAUAGAAGACUUGAGAUAAUGUUUCUAUUUUAAUUGAAAUGAUUGGUGAAUGGGAACUUAUUGUGAUUAUUAUUGUUUUCUUUUCAGAGAUUGUUAUUUUGGGUUUUCUGUUAUUUUUUUCUAUAGUUUAUAGGCUUUUUACACUGAAAUAUAAAGAAAAUGCGUAGAGACACUGGAUUAGAUGCCUUUAUAGUCAAAUACAGCUGCUUCUUCUACUGCA